GUGGUAAUGUAGCGAAGUUAAAAAGCGUGUCGUCACCAAAAUUGAGUGAAAAUUACCUUCAAAAAUAUGGAUUUAGAAGGUGCAGAAAUAGAACCAGAUUGGAAAAAGGUUGAACGGGACAUGAUCAAGGUUGGUCUCAAAAAUGGCCUAUCAGACGGACGGGAUUCAAAUUUUCAAAAAAGCUUUGAUACAGGUUAUAAAGAUGGAUUUCGAAACGGUUAUGAAUUAGGAAAAUUACAAUUUCAACGAACGCAGUUAAAUCGACCGGUUAGUGCACAAACAACUGAACUUCUUCAAAAUACCAGUACAGGAAUGUGCGUUGCGUGCACUAGCGAAAAGGACAAUGAAGAUGUUGCUGAUGUUCGGAGAAAGCAAAACGCAUUAUUUGGAGCGAACAUUGAAAAAAUUAAUCGGGAUUUUAAUAAAGACAAUCUUGACUAGUUGAAAUAAAGGCUAUUUUUUAACAUUGGCGAAAAUAAAUUAUCCCUAUUCUUACUCUAG